AUGUCGCUGUUCGCGAGACUUCAGGAAUGGUCACGCAGCAUGGAAGCUGUCGGACUGAAUCGGAUUUUUGGCCAUCGAGAAGAUGAACUAAUACACCAUGAUCCAACUAUUCAGCAACAGCUACCGAGAGCCACAAAACCGGAUGCAAUUUACGGACUUCGACAGACGCGAAACAUCGAAAACCUAUUGAACGACACUUCCUGUAUAGGAAGACCGGAGAAUGGUCAGGAUAUGCUUGUUUAUGAGUCCCUGGGAGAGCCCCCGCUCAGUGAGGAAGGGGACCCAGUGGUGUUCCCAUUUCUUCUCCUCGAGGCAAAAUCAGCCAAGUCAGCCGAUAGCGACUGGAAUUCCGUUCAAUUGCAAUCCGCGUUUCCGGUGCGGACCCUUUUACGCACGCAAGAGUUAUUGAAUAAUAUGACUGAGCCGCACGCGAAGCAGCAGGCUGAUCCACUAGUCUGGUUACUAAUGAAUAGAGGAGAAGAUUGGCGAGUCUCCGCAGCAUACGUAUAUAAUGGUGCAGCCGAGAAACCUGGGACUGUUGGCACUACUGAAUAUCAAAUAUUUGAUCUAUGGGGAGGCUCUGUUACAUCUAAAAACGGGGCAUUGCAGCUUCUGCUGAUCGUCGAUUACGUGUUCGAGUGGGCCCGUGACAUUUAUCGCGAGGACAUAUUGAACAAACUCAGGAUCGUGGCAUCAGGACAGAAUGACUGUGCAAGCAUGAUUCAUCCAGAUACUGACAUAUUUUCCACAUUGACGUCAAUUCAUCCUAGCAUGUCGGAUGGAGACUCUAGAAACACCCAGGGCAGCUACCACCAAGGUCUCAAGGAUUUUGAAGCACUAGACAGCCAACAGGGGAUCGUUCGACAUGCCACCUUUGUCGAGAGUCAAUAUCGUUGCUUUUUCGUGACAAGAGACAAUGUAACGACAAUGCUACAAUCAACCAAAGAUCAAUCUAGGAAAACCCUCAUCAGACAAAUUAUCACAACCUUGCAACAGGUUCCUCUAUCGAUAAGUUGGGCCUGCCUGAGUAUGAUUGAGGAGGAGUGGACUGGACGUUCUCGGAUGCUACGAUCACAUCAUCUCGAUCAAACCAAGUUCUAUGCUUCAGUGACAUAUGCCUCAUUUAUACUGCCGAAUUGGACGCAGGUUCGAGAAUUGACCGUGAUCGCCGUUGCUGAAGACGCAUUUGAGCAUCUCGUUACGGCCUCCAUGUACAUCCGGCGAAUCUCUUCUCAGCUGCCUUUGGUGGGAAACGAAUGUGAAAUGGAAGCUCUGAAGAAUGUCAUUGCUAAACUUCAUGCGGGAAAUACGAGACAUACCCUCUUCGCUGCCAUCCGGCGAAUUUGCUUGAGAAUAGAUGGCCGGGGAUCUCAAAUUCGUUUGGUGGACAGCAAUGCAAUUCCUAGGGAUAUCGUCCAUCACAUUUACAAUCAUUUCAAGAAAGGGGACCUCGAACCUCAGGAACCAUGCUUGCAUACAUCGAGUUCCUUUGACCAGAUACAUCUGUCAAAUUCAUCGCUGGAGCCUUAUGACUUCGGAGUUCUCAAUGUUUCCUCAGAUGGGUGUGUUCUGGUCUAUGCCCAAGGCCAUCGACAUGAUCGUCAGAUGAGCUCGGUAUGCGUCUUUCUCACAGAUGGAUCACCCGAUUUACCGACGCCGGAGAUUCUAGGCAUGGCAAUCAAAAACACGUUUGAGAAUCAUGAUGUCUAUCACACCUCGCGGAUUCAUAGGGUCCCGAACUUCCACGAAUUCGGAAAGGAUAAAGCUGGAAAACGUUGGAAUAUUAAAAAUUCCUAUGGUAUUUUCUCAGAAGGAUUUCAAUUUGUGGAUUGGAUCUCAUUUCUGGGAUGCGAACCUCCUGUUCGCCAAGGUUCAUCACUGCCCGGGACAAGCGCAGAUCUCUUUUCCCGCAAUAAAUAUCCAUGGAGCGAACCAGGAUACAUAAGUUGGAACAUCGCCGCGCGGAUUUUUAUUAUUUACAAAAUUGUCACUCGGGAGGUUCGAUACUGGCGAAAUAUUGCGAAAGAAUGCAAAGACCGGGGCAUCGACUGCUGUGAUAUUUGCGCCGGCGAAGUGGAAAUUGGGGUUAAGAUUUGCAAUCAGUGCGGUGAUGAGAUCUUCGACAAAGUAGACGAGUUUUGGUUCGAAAAUGCACUUCUCGGGAAGCAGCCGAUUGACUACAGGCCCAUCAACCCAGAGCUUCAAGAGUACGCGCAAAACGCGCGCUUCAAGAUGAAUAGUCAUGAAGCAAGGGAUAUCAACGUCAAAUUUGAGAAAAAUCUCAGUUUUUAUGAGGAGUUAGAUGAGGAAUACAAUGACUUACAGGAACUGCGAGCGCAAACUAUGAAGUUUGACAGGAUACAGGGGGAAGCAGAGUGGCCUUCCAGGAAACGGAGACGGUCCAGUGAGAUACCCUCAUAG